CUCUUGAUCGCAUCAGGUGCCCAGUGCCUUCAGGUCGGCUUUCCGCCUCACUUCCAGUGCAUCACAUGCCGGAAGGGUCACGAGGUCAAUGGCACUAGCUGCAGCGAUGUGGACGAGUGCCGGCUAUACAUGCCCUGCGAUGAUCUCACGACCUGCACAAAUCUCAAUCCGGGCUUCCAGUGCGGUCCCUGUCCACCGGGAUUCGAUGGUGUCCAUGCCCAUGGCUACUAUGCGGACUAUCUGUCGGUGGAGUAUCGCAAGCAGACUUGCAUGGACAUCGAUGAGUGCCUUUCGGGCUUCUUCCGCUGUCCAGACCACUCCACCUGCAUCAACGAAAUUGGCUCCUACCGAUGCCAGUGCCAUGAGGGCUAUGUAACCAAUGGCACCUACAGCUGCCUGGACCGCUCCUCAGUGGCAGUGUGUCCGGAUGGGAACGUGUGUGACCGGAAUGCCGUGUGCCUCCUGGCAGAUAACCUGCGCUACCAGUGCCGCUGCAAUGUCGGCUGGGCGGGGAACGGGGUGAUCUGUGGACGGGAUAGGGAUCUGGAUGGUUGGCCGGAUAAGUCACUCGAGUGCCCGCAGCUGCACUGCCGGCGGGAUAACUGCCCUGAUCUGCCCAACUCUGGGCAGGAAGACGCCGAUCUGGAUGGGCAUGGUGAUGGCUGUGACGAAGACGCCGACGGGGAUUUGGUGCAGAACAACAAGGACAACUGUCCGCUGACCUACAACACUGAGCAGGUGGACACGGACGGUGACGGUGUGGGCGAUGUGUGCGACAACUGUGUGCAUAGGCACAAUCCUCGGCAGCUGGAUGCCGAUGGAGAUGGGCGGGGCAACGAGUGCGAUGAGGACAGUGAUAACGAUUCCAUACCCAAUGAGGGAGACAAUUGCCCGCUGCAAUCCAAUCCUAAUCAGUCGGAUGUGGACAACGACGGCGUGGGAGAUGUCUGCGACAACUGCCCCACGAUUCCCAAUCCCAUGCAGGAGGAUCGCGACAUGGAUAUGGUGGGCGAUGCUUGCGACAGUGGCAUUGAUGGGGAUGACGAUGGCAUUCAGGAUUCUGAGGACAACUGCCCAAUGGUCAGCAACUCGGACCAGCUGGACACGGAUGGGGAUGGCAAGGGUGAUGCUUGCGACGAUGACAUCGAUGGCGAUGGCAUACCUAAUUACAGGGACAACUGUCCUCUGGCUAGAAACCCAAAGCAGCUGGACUUUAAUGGUAACGGCAAGGGCGACAUCUGCGAGGACGACGAGGAUGACGAUGGAGUGCCGAACAUUCUCGACAAUUGUCCCAAUAACUCCAUGAUCCACCAUACGGAUUUUCGCACACUCCAAACGAUUCCCCUGGAUCCCGACGGUAACUCCCAGCUGGAUCCUAACUGGGUGGUGCAUGCCAACGGCACCGAGAUAGUUCAAACUCUCAACUCGGAUCCGGGUCUAGCUGUGGGAAAUGAUUCCUUCGGCGGCGUUGACUUCGAGGGUACUUUCUAUGUAAACGAUGACACAGAUGACGACUAUGCUGGCUUUGUGUUUAGCUACCAAAGCAACCACAAGUUCUACGUGGUGCAGUGGAAAAAGGGUUCACAGACUUACUGGGAGCCGAAGCCCUUCUAUGCCUCCGCGGAGUCCGGCGUACAGAUCAAGCUGGUGGACAGCUUGACGGGUCCCGGGUCUCGGAUGAGGAACAGCCUGUGGCACGAGGGCGAUACGCCCGGCGAGGCCAAACUACUGUGGAAGGAUCCAAUGAGCAUUGGCUGGAAGGAACGCACCUCCUAUCGCUGGUCUCUGGUCCACCGACCGGUCAUUGGCCUCAUCCGCUUGCAAAUAUUUGAGGGACACCGCCUGCUUAUGGACUCGGGCAACGUCUACGACUCAACGCUGAAGGGCGGACGUCUGGGCGUGUUCUGCUUUUCCCAAGAGAUGAUUAUAUGGUCCAAUCUGCAGUACAAGUGCAACAACCAUGUGGAUGCCCUGAUCUACAGGGAUCUGUCCGAUCACCUAAAGACGAAGGUGGAUCUAAGCAACUGAUGAGCCCCUCUUGCGAGCUUAAAUCCUUCUGCCAUCCAUUUUAACCAAAUUAAUGAUUAAUGCUAGGUUAAGUGAA